AUUCAGUGAAUAUCUGUCUGAAAGUACAUUUUUAAUAUGACCUAUGUCUACAAGCUGGUGCAUAUUUUACAUUGCACUACAUCUCAUCUGCUGUAUAUUAACCUAUAUGGAUACAAGCAUGGUAAAGGUUGAAUUUGUCUGUCUGGUUGUCUUACUAUAAAUGAUACCUGCAGCAUCAGGACAUAUAGUACACAUUUUACAAAUGCAAAUCCAUCUUGCCACACAAAACGUUUACAGCGCCAAAGAGGUUGAAAUGGGGGAAUCAACACGGUAUGCAACAAGGUUAGUUCAGUGCAGUGUGGAAAGUUUCGUGUCAUGGAAUGAAUGAGCCAUUGUGUCAGUGUUGCAAAUAAGUGGUACUGGAACUUGAAAGCUACGCCAUCAUAAAUAAAGAUGCAGAGUACAUAUUAUUCUGUUUGUCAAAUUGCAAAUGGUUUUAAGGUCGCACUAAUAAAAUAAUAAAUAAAACAAAACAGUUGUUGUUAUUAGAGGCACGCCAGAGCAAAUGAACGUCACACAAGUCUGCAGGAAAAGUCAGGCUGCUAAAUCGAGCAAUGAGUAAUCGCUCAUCUGCUAUUCAUCGGCCCAGCUGAGAGGGACAAACUGUGUGUGCAUUUGUACACUGUUAAAAUGAACAGCUGUUUUAUUUUGUCGGUACUAACCUGGAUAUAAUUGCGAGGCGGGAUUUGCGUCUGUUAGGGUUUUUUUUAGCGGCAGUUAUGAAAGAAAACGAAAAUACGCUGUCAGUUUAGUAGCUAAAUGUGGCGCUAACGGCUAACUGUUUGGCUUCACUGUGUUAUUUGUGACUGAAACGUUUGUAAAUGUACCUUUCAGAUAUCCGUCUACGUGUGUUACAGCAUAUGCGACUGUUAACGUAGUCUGGGAACAAAUGGCGCUGAUAAACAAGUUCAUAUGUAGUUGUAAAUGUGGACACUCCUGGUAACUGUUGGCUACCUGUGUGUACGCUGCUAGCCACGUAAACUGCUCCUGAUUGGUGUUGACGUAGCAGGAGCAGCUAGCUGGCCUGUCCCGUGUAGCACAUUUUAUAUGAAUUUGGGACACCAAGUCAUUGACAGUCGGCCUGAACAUUUCAAGACAUCUGGAAGCACCAGUUCCACCGAGGAAGUGAACAACGGUGACUCAAAAUGCUAUAGCUGCACCUGAACGUGUUGGUUUCCUGGUCCUGUUGCAUUGAGCGGAUGAUGAAGCGGGUCAUCUGGCUGAUAUCAGGAUUAAACAGAAGAAUGAUGAAGCUACUUUUUGCCCUCGCUUUGAUCGCCUACAUUGCCUCUGUCUGGGGAACAUACACAAACAUGAGAUCAAUACAAGAACAUGGAGAGAUGAAGAUUGAGCAGAGAAUUGAUGAAGCUGUGGCUCCUCUCAGAGAGAAGAUUCGUGAUCUGGAACAAAGUUUUUCUCAGAAAUACCCACCUGUGAAAUUUCUGUCAGAAAAGGAUCGGAAGAGAAUUUUGAUUACUGGUGGGGCUGGUUUCGUGGGUUCCCACCUGACUGAUAAACUGAUGAUGGAUGGCCAUGAGGUGACUGUGGUGGACAACUUCUUCACAGGGAGGAAAAGGAAUGUGGAGCACUGGAUUGGGCAUGAAAACUUUGAGCUCAUCAAUCAUGAUGUGGUGGAGCCUCUCUAUAUUGAGGUGGACCAGAUCUAUCACCUGGCUUCUCCAGCCUCUCCACCCAACUACAUGUAUAACCCCAUUAAAACCCUCAAGACCAACACCAUUGGCACUCUGAACAUGCUUGGCUUGGCCAAACGUGUGGGUGCCAGACUUCUCCUGGCUUCUACUUCUGAGGUUUAUGGAGACCCUGAGGUACACCCCCAAAAUGAAGAAUACUGGGGCCAUGUGAAUCCUAUUGGUCCUCGAGCAUGCUACGAUGAGGGAAAACGUGUAGCGGAGACCAUGUGUUAUGCCUACAUGAAGCAGGAAGGUGUAGAAGUGAGAGUGGCAAGAAUCUUCAACACGUUUGGCUCCCGGAUGCACAUGAAUGAUGGACGCGUUGUCAGCAACUUCAUCCUGCAGGCUCUACAGGGAGAACCUCUCACUGUAUAUGGUACUGGUUCCCAAACAAGAGCCUUUCAGUAUGUAAGCGAUCUGGUGAAUGGCCUGGUGUUGUUGAUGAACAGUAAUAUCAGCAGUCCAGUCAAUCUGGGGAACCCAGAGGAACACACCAUAUUGGAGUUUGCUCGUCUCAUCAAAAGUCUCGUUGUAAGCCGGAGUCAGAUCCAGUUCCUUCCAGAGGCCCAGGACGACCCACAGAGGCGAAGACCUGACAUCCGAAAAGCCAAGAUGAUGCUCGGCUGGGAGCCGGUGGUACCCCUGGAGGAAGGCUUGAACAAAACCAUCCAGUACUUCAGCAGAGAACUGGAGCACCAGGCCAACAACCAGUACAUCCCCAAACCUAAAGCCGCCCGCAUGAAGAAAGGCCGACCCAGACACAACUGAGGUCGGGUCUCCCACCGCAGACUCUCCACACAACACAGAAGGAUGUUAAGACUCCUCAGAGGACCCUUGAAAAGCAACUGUCUGAAACACACUGUUGAGUAGUGCACUUUGGGAUAUGAUGUCUUUUCUUGAGAAGCAGAGAUAACUUUUUCACUCUCUUUAAAAAGAUGAUGUCGCCUCGCGUUGGAGCAGCAGCUGCACUGUGGGCUUCCUCACCGGAGCUUGUGUUGUUGGAUGGACAAGACUGAAUCAAAAACAGAAAUUUAAGAGAAAAAAAUCUCAAACUACAUUUUUUGUGGAUUUGUGCUUUUGCUAUUUAAAUCGCCAACCUCAGAAUCUUGCAAACAGCUUGUACUGUGCUUCAGUGCUUUGUUUUUUUUUUUUAAUAGUUUGAUGGUACUUUGUCUCCGAAGAUGAGCUAACUGACUUUGUUUUUCCAUUGGAUGUUUUGUCCUCUUAUCAGUGGCUUGGCAGCACCCUGUUGGCUGUUCAUGCAGCGCACUGCAGAACUGGAUAAAUCCUCCAGAAAGAUAAUCAAUCAUUACCUGUUUAUCAGGACUGCAUUGUGUUUUACUUUGUGAAAUCUCAUGUCAGGAUGUGCAUUAUCAAUUUCAGGUGAAGAUGCUAUUUUAAUAAAAUAUUUCCAAUA